CUUUUAAUCAGAGUCUGUAUGGGAAUUGCUUGCGUAUAGAUUAGGGGAGCGGGCGCGUCCUCCGGCAGCGGGGAGCCCCCGGCUGCGCCGGCUCCCAAGCAAUCUCGGUGUCUCGGUGGAGCCGGGAUUAUCGGGGCCGUGGGGACGCACACACACGCAUGUGUCUGUAUGUGCCCACCCGCUGCCUCGUCUUCCUUCCACUCCUUUGACCCUCGAUUGAGUUUUUUCAGCUAAUCCUCUUGCGUCUCCUCUGCGCUGACUCCUUGUGCCUCCAGCCCCCCAUGUGGGUGGCUCUGGGUGCUCCCACAUCAGCGCUCCCCCCAGCAGGAUCCAGCCCUUGGGUGCUGCUGUCCAGGGGGCCGUGCCACAGGGGGUCUUUCAGCCUGAUCCAUGGUGUGCUGGGACUUGGUGGCUUCUUCCACGUCCCCAUCAGCCCAGUGAGGCAGCACCCCUGUCUCCCUGCGCCACUGCCCCCCAAGCACCCUUGGGUGCAGCGAGUGGUGCAGGAAGGUCUCUCCACCCCGGUGGCUGUGGCUUCCCCUCCUAAUGCCUUAAUCCGGCCCUGAUCCGCGAUGCCCCUGGGACAGCCGGUCCCGCUGACCUUGCAGGCGCCAGCCCCGGGCAGGGACCCGCUGGCACUGGGCACCUGGGGCACGGAGCAGCACAGCCGCCCACCCAUGGCCACCUUCUUCACGGCCGCCCUGAAGGGCUUUCAGGGGAGCAAGGAGGAGCCGCCCAAGGGGCCCCCCAAGGAUGGCAAGGUGGCCACGCUGCCCAACGGCAUGGCCCGCGAGGAGUUUGAGGAGUACCAGCGGCAGCUGCUGGAGGAGAAGAUCGAGCGGGACAAGGCCUUUGCACAGAGGAAGGCAGAACGGGCCACAGUGCGGAUGCACCUGCGGGACAAGUACCACCUGGCGCAGGACGAGCGGGACGAUGCUCAGCUGCACGUGGCCGGCGGGACGGUGGAGCUGCCGCAGGAGCUGGCAGCCAUGGUGCACAGCGAGGAGGAGGAGGAGGAGGAGGAGGAUGGCGCCGGGGCCUUUGCCUUCCUGACGAGGCUGCGGGAGGUGGAUCUGUCGGAGCUGCGGGGCCGCGCGCUGGGCACCGUGGACGAGGUGAAGGAGAAGUGCGCGCUGAUGUAGUGUCGCUGCCCGUCCUGCUGGUGGGUGACAGCAGCAGCGUUGGGGACUCAGCCCCUGUCCCCUGGGAGCAGUGGGGUGUGGCUGUUACCAGUGCCAUUACCUGGGCAUGGGGGUCCCAAUAAAUGCACUGGGGGUGGGUUUUUCUCCCCAAACCCAUUCCCUGUUGCUUUUCUGGGGUCCACUGGGUGGGUGCUGGGAUGCAGGACACCUGGGUCCUCUCCAGCUGUGCUGUCCAAGCCCCUCCAUGCUGUGCCCCUGCUGUGAGCCCCCAGACGGGGUGGAUGGUGGCCCCUGCUGCUCCAUCACCCCCACAAACCAGCCCCGGGGCUUCGUGCACCGUUUGGCUCAAUAGAUGUGGUGUUUG